AAAAAAAAAAAACAAAAAAGAAAACCAACUGCAGCCAUCUUCUUCGUAUUUAAAAUCCGUGCAGUCCCAACUUCCCCAACUCAACUUGUGCAUUGUUUACCUGUCCUGCCACCAUCUCAACUCGCCGGACUCUUCGUUCUCUCUCGCCUGUUUCCUUCUCUACCCGGCUACAUCCACUACUGAUUCAACAAUUUUCUUCAGAUACCUGAAGCGGUAACCGCUUUAUCCUAUUCCCCCUUAGUAAACCUCCGUUUCCUUGCCAAUUGUCAUUCAUAUCUGGCCAUUUCAUUGACUAAGAAAAUAGAGAAACCAUGGAGACUCUCAUGAGUCUCAUAUCUACCGUGAAGAACGUGCUCCGAGUCGGUGAUCUGACCGGUCUUUUGUAUUAAUUCAUUUCCUUAUGCAUCCCUUCUGCUGCGUGUUCACCAUGUCAGAGCAAUCCUCGGCGCUCCGCCACAUCCCGCCUCUCCCCGAGGCCACGUCGGCAAGAUACGAUUCUAAUGCCCGAACCGGAAACAAACAAAUCCACGGCGACAAUAACGGGGAUUGCGGAAGGAUAUUGACCAAGCCGCGAACGACGGCUUCGCCGGCGGCUGUGUCUCACUCGGCAAGGGAGCAGCCGGUGGGCGUGAAGAUCAAUGAUAUAGUCGGGAACGGGGUCUCGGGGAUACUUUACAAGUGGGUCAAUUACGGGAAAGGAUGGAGGCCGCGGUGGUUUGUCUUGCAGGACGGCGUUUUAUCGUACUAUAAGAUUCAUGGACCCGAUAGGAUCGUGGUGAAUCGAGACACCGAGAAAGGAUCGAAGGUCAUCGGCGAGGAGUCUAUACGAAGGAUUUCGAGGCACCAGAAUGGAACCUGGCAUUCGCAGCAACAACUUCCCCGCAAACCCUUCGGCGAAAUUCAUCUCAAGGUUUCCUCAAUUCGUGAAAGCAAAUCAGAUGACAAAAGAUUCUCGAUUUUCACUGGCACAAAGAAGCUCCAUCUAAGGGCCGAGAUGCGUGAAGAUCGAGAAGCGUGGAUGGAGGCUUUGCAAGCUGUGAAGGACAUGUUCCCACGUAUGUCAAACAGCGAGCUGAUGGCUCCCAUAGAUAAUUUCACUGUGUCAACCGAGAAGCUGAGACGGCGGCUUUUGGAAGAGGGUGUUGGAGAGGCAGCCAUCCAGGACAGCGAGCAAAUCAUGAGGAGCGAGUUUGCGGUGCUGCAGAGCCAACUAGUGCUGCUAAAGCAGAAGCAGUGCCUCCUCAUUGACACGCUGCGGCAGCUAGAGACAGAAAAGGUUGAUCUGGAGAAUACAGUGGUUGAUGAGAGCCAAAGACAGUGCAAUGAUCAAGGGGUUUCUUCUAGAUUAAGGCAAGACAAAUUCAGUGAAGGAAGUCCUAGUGAAUCUGAAGAUGAUAAUGAAAGGGUUGCUGCUGCGGAGGAAGAAACAGAUGAUGAAGAAAAUACAUUUUUUGACACUCGAGACUUUCUGUCAUCCAGCUCAUUCAAAAGUAUUGGGUCUGAUUUGCGGGUAUCAUCUUUCUCUUCUGAUGAUGGUGGUAUUGCAAUUGAACCUGAAGAUGAUGUUGACCCUUCCAUUAGAUCUGUUGGAACUAACUAUCCACACAUUAAACGACGUAAGAAAUUGCCUGACCCUGUUGAAAAAGAGAAGGCUGUUAGUCUUUGGUCAAUGAUUAAAGAUAACAUUGGAAAGGAUCUCACAAAAAUAUGUCUUCCCGUUUACUUCAAUGAGCCUCUCUCUUCCCUGCAAAAAUGUUUUGAAGAUUUGGAAUAUUCAUAUCUCGUUGAUCGAGCAUAUGAGUGGGGGAAAAGGGUACGUAUGCAAGGUAAUAGCCUCAUGAGGAUUCUUAAUGUUGCUGCUUUUGCUGUUUCUGGAUAUUCUUCAACUGAAGGAAGAAUAUGCAAACCAUUUAAUCCAUUAUUAGGUGAAACCUAUGAGGCUGAUUAUCCAGAUAAAGGCCUCCGGUUUUUCUCAGAGAAGGUCAGUCAUCACCCUAUGAUUGUUGCGUGUCACUGUGAGGGAACGGGAUGGAAAUUCUGGGGGGAUAGCAAUUUAAAGAGCAAAUUCUGGGGGAGAUCAAUUCAACUUGAUCCCGUUGGUAUUUUGACUUUGGAAUUUGAUGAUGGGGAAGUUUUUCAGUGGAGUAAGGUCACAACAUCAAUAUACAAUCUCAUUUUGGGAAAGCUGUAUUGCGAUCACUAUGGUACAAUGCGCAUACAAGGAAAUUAUGAUUAUUCAUGUAAGCUGAAAUUCAAGGAGCAGUCGAUCAUUGACCGAAAUCCUCACCAGGUACAUGGUGUAGUUCAAGAUAGGAAUGGAAAAACAUUGGCAACUCUCUUCGGAAAGUGGGAUGAAAGUAUGUAUUAUGUGAUAGGAGACUCUUCUGGGAAGGGGAAAGGAUGUGAGUCUUUAUCAGAUGCCCGCCUGCUCUGGAAGCGAAGCAAGCCUCCCGAAUUUCUCACUAGAUAUAACUUAACACGCUUUGCCAUCACAUUGAAUGAGCUCACCCCUGGACUGAAGGAAAAAUUGCCUCCUACGGAUUCAAGGCUAAGACCUGAUCAAAGGUAUUUGGAAAAUGGAGAGUAUGAAAUGGCAAAUGCAGAGAAAUUGCGUUUGGAGCAGCGGCAACGGCAGGUGAGAGCAGAAUGGUGUCCACCCCCACUCACCAACCAGAAAAAAGGAAGUCUACAACGGCGAAUUCAUAUCCAUGAGCCACUCACUAGGGCUCGAAGGAUGCAAGAGCAGGGAUGGAAACCACGGUGGUUUGUGAAAGAUAAAGGGAGUGAUACAUACCGCUAUAUUGGUGGGUAUUGGGAAGCCAGAGAACGGAGGAAGUGGGAUUCAUGUCCUGAUAUCUUUGGCCAUAUCCCAUCUGAUCAGCAGUCCGAAAUAAAAUAUGAUGAAUGGCGUGCUUGCAAAUAUCAUGACAUGCGUGCUGGUUGUCUCUUACACCACUACGAAAUCUGAAACAACAUGAAAUUUAACAAAAAAACUUGCCCCAUUUUUUUUUAAAAAAAAAAGAACUCCACAAAUCGUGGGAUGGUUUCUGUCUUAAGCAACAUUCCCCCUCCAACAUAUACACCAUCUCAUAUCACAUUUAUAUGCAAAGUUACAACAAAGAAUUUACAUUAGACAGUCAUACCUGAAUGACUUGUCAGAUCCAUACUGUGAACACCCUUCUUCGGAAGAAGGCCCCUGGUAUCCAUGUGGUUUCCCAGAACUAGGACAGCCCUGCGCAUGACUCCUAUUGGGAAUACCACCAGUUCGGGCUUCCCAACCAAAAGAUGAUGCUAUUGCUUCAUCACGGUCAAGGCACUCAAGAUGAGCAUAUGGGUGCGUCCUAACAUACAUUUUCUGUGGUGGGGGAAGAUCACAAUUCUCAAUAUGGUUAUGUGAUUUCUUGAGGAUCAAGGAGACCAAUUCGUCUUUAUCUGUAAUUCGCCACCAUGGCUCAGGCUUAUCACCACCAAUCCAUGGAGAUUCUAAACAAAACUCAAUGGGUUGUUUGGAAACUGGACAACUAAAAGGAUCCAUACCCAUAAGUUCAAGACAUUUCUCAGGAUUCUUGCUACGUAAAGCCUUUACCUCUUGCUCUCUGACUUCAAGAGCUUUAUUCAUACAAAUGACAGAAAGACUAAAUUUCAUAUCAAGAGAAGAAUCGCAAUUGUCAUGAUCAUCAAAAUGAAUAUUUUCUCCUUUUAGUGGGUGGACCA